AUGCCGGAAGAGAAGAAGGAGUGCAAAUCCAAGACGUCAGGAUCAGACGGUGAAAAGAAGCUGAAACCAUGCUGUGCAUGUCCUGAAACUAAGAAGGCUCGGGAUCAGUGCAUAAUCGAACAUGGUGAAGAGCACUGUGGCGAAUUUAUAGAAGCACACAAGAAGUGCAUGCGAGAUGCCGGUUUCGACGUGUAA